AUGACAUCACCAGCGCUGCCGCUGCAGCUCCCGCGCUCCGAGCACAUCGCUUUUUUGGGCCAGUACGUAAACCGGGACGUCAGGGCUUUGCCAUCUACCUUUGAGCUUUGGGUCACGGAGCAUAAGAAACUCUCUGCCGCCUACUGGACGGUCGUUGCACUAGCGCUGCUGGACGCCCUGGAUCUGGUGCCACGCGAGCGUUUGCGAGACUGGGUGCUGGAGUGUCGAGACCCGUGUGGCGGGUUUGGCGGCGACGUUGGACAGGACCCGCAUCUGCUCUAUACGUUAUCAGCGGUCCAGAUCCUUUUCUUACUGGGAGAAGAGGCGCGCCUGGACCGGUCAUCCAUCAUAGCAUAUGUGGCAAGCCUUCAGCAACCUGACGGAUCUUUCGCAGGCGAUACCUGGGGCGAGAUCGACACCCGCUUCUGCUUCUGUGCGGCGCUUACGCUCGCCAUACUUGGUGUUCCAUUGCAACAACGCGAGCAUUCUCGGAAUUCUCCAGAAAAGACGAACGAAAUCGAACGUCCCAUUCGCACCGAUGCCCUAGUAGACUACAUCAUGCGAUGCGAAAACGAUGACGGAGGCUUUGGUGUUAUCCCCGGCGCAGAAUCCCAUGCUGGUCAGGUUUUCUGCUGUGUCGGCACGCUGGCGUUGUGUGGAGCUCUCUAUCGGCUUCGAGACGGCGGCAAUAGGCUGGCUCGUUGGCUCGCGUAUCGCCAACUUCGAAACGGAGGUUUCAAUGGUCGUCCCGAUAAGUUACCGGACGUUUGCUACAGCUGGUGGGUACUGGCCUCGCUUAAAAUCAUCGCAAAGGACCAUUGGAUCUCUGCUGACGCUCUUGAGCGUUUCAUCUUCUCCUGUCAUGCGCAGAGAGAGAGUCAGAACACAUACGCUGGCGGCAUUGCAGACCGACCAGGUGACGAGCCGGAUGUCUUCCAUACCUUUUUUGGCCUGGCUGGUCUGUCGCUGCUCGAGAGGCAGCAGCUGAUCGCCAUUGAUCCUGUCUACGCUCUUCCGUGUGCGCUUGUGAAACGCAUUCAUGCCGCCAACCCCAAAGCGGAACUCGUGGACACAACCGAAGGGGUGUCACAAGUUUGA